CAGUCAAUGGAUGUACGAAGCUUUCUCUGUUGAGUAUGGAGAGAGAUUUGCAGUCCAGAGACAUCGCCGUCGUUCGAUGAGGAAGCUCAAAAAUUUGAAUCGAUACUUCUUUGAUGUUUCGACAUAUGGCUGGCACGGAGAGCUCGGUCUUGAUCCAUUUGUCGACUUGAGCACGUCCUUCGCGGAAUCUCAGGACAAGUAUGACACGCCGACCUUUAUAGAACAAUGGUAGGGCCUCUUUUCGCAGUAGACGGCAGACUUUCAUAAUUGGGGGAUAGUACGAGGACGCCUUGCCGUGCCAGGGCAUGCUCGAUGGUCGUCCGAUGAUGAUUGGCUUGUCAUUGUCGAACAAGUGCUCCAGGAUAAGAAGACGAAUCUCUUUCGGAAGGUCAAGGAGUCGCGAGGCUGUCAUUGGAUCUUGACCACGGGAUGAUGGUGUCUUGCCUGUCCGCUUCACGUGUGCCACGUUCACAUGCUUGUGAAGAUUGGAGGUAGUCAAUGAUGCUGGAGCUUUGAGACAGUAUGAAGGCUCUUCAAAUUCGUAAGUGGGUUACAAGAGAUCAAAAGA